GGUUCAUUAAGUUUACAAACCUGAAAUUGCCCGACUCACGGGAUUCAUGGUUCAAUAGCACCAUGUCCCUUGACGAAUGUGGGAUCCUUUGCAGUCGCAACGUCUCUUGUACAGCUUAUGCAAAUAUUGAUGUUAGAGAAGGCGGAAGUGGAUGUUUACAGUAUUCAACUGAGCUGCUUGAUAUCAGAGAGGCUUCGGAAACAGAUUCCUCAGGGCAAAACAUCUACAUAAAAAAGCCCACCACCAACAACUUAAUUCACAAGAAGAAGUUGAACACGAGUCUUAAAGUGGCCAUGUCAAUAGUACUCACAGUCGUUAUGCUUGGCUUUGCACUGAUACUAUAUGCUUGGAGAAGGAAGAAGAAAUCACGUCUUAAAGCAAACAAGAACAAGAAGCAAGAUUCUGAUCUACCUUUGUUCAGCUUGAGUAAGAUAAUCAAGGCCACCAGUAAUUUUUCAAUCCACAAUAAACUAGGACAAGGAGGUUUCGGUGCAGUUUACAAGGGUGUGCUUGAUGAAGGAGGAGAAAUAGCUGUGAAGCGGCUGUCAAAGACAUCAAAGCAAGGCCUUGUUGAGUUCCAGAACGAAGUUAAAUGCAUUGCCAAGCUUCAGCAUAGGAAUCUUGUGAAGCUUUUGGGAUACUGCAUACAAGGAGAAGAAAUGAUGUUGAUUUAUGAAUACAUGUCCAACAAAAGCUUGGACUCUUUUUUAUUUGAUGAAAACAACUCCUUGUUACUCGACUGGCGUCAACGCUACCACAUUAUCAAUGGGAUUGCUUGA